GAGCCAACGAUUUCCGAAACGAAUUUCUAUUUCCCUUUGCUUCUCUCCCCACUCUUAUCCCAUCUAUUGCUUUUGUAUACCUUCAAAUUGUAAAUAAUCGUAGAGGGUUUUACUAGCAUCCAUUCCAUAUAAGCACCAAACAACUCUCACUAUAAGUAUUAACCCUUGUCUGUUGAAUGAUCUCCGAGCAAAAGGAAAACACCUCAUGGGCUGGAGCUAUCCCCGUUGCCCAAGGAUUGUAUGAUCCUCAGUAUGAAAAGGAUGCCUGUGGUGUCGGUUUUAUCGUACACAUCAAGGGAGGGAGAUCGCACAAGAUAUUGAGCGAUGCCAGCAACAUUCUAUGUAACAUGACGCAUCGAGGUGCGUCUGGUGCAGAUAUUAGAGACGGUGAUGGAGCCGGUGUCAUGACUGGUAUUCCUCAUCAAUUUUUUGUGAACGAAACUUCAAGAGAUCUUGGCAUUCAAUUGCCCCAGGAGGGCCAAUAUGCUGUUGGUAAUCUUUUCAUGAAGGGUGACCAAGCCGCUAUUCAAGAAUCCAAAAAGGUCUUUGAGACGUUGGCCGACGCCUUGCAUUUGAAGGUCUUGGGUUGGCGUCAUGUUCCUCGCGACUCCACCAUCCUCGGUCCUGCUGCCAAAUCCAAGGAGCCUGCUAUUGAACAGCCAUUUGUCGUUCUCAAGGGUGAAAAGUUUGAUGAACAGUACUUUGAACGUCAGCUUUACGUCUUACGCAAGCAUGCCACGCAUACCAUCACCAUGAAGAAGUGGUUCUAUGUUUGCUCCUUGUCUAACAAGAACAUCGUCUACAAGGGCCAACUGACUCCCAAGCAAGUUUAUGCUUACUUUUACGAUCUCGUCAAUGUUCAGUACACCACUCACUUUGCCCUUGUUCACUCUCGUUUCUCCACCAACACUUUCCCCUCGUGGGACCGUGCUCAACCUAUGAGAUGGUGUGCCCACAAUGGUGAAAUCAACACCCUUCGAGGUAACAAAAACUGGAUGAGAUCGCGCGAAGGUGUGAUGACCUCUGAUAAGUUUGCCGAUGAACUUGAGCUUUUGUACCCUAUCGUGGAAGAAGGUGGUUCGGAUUCAGCUGCAUUCGAUAACGUUCUCGAACUUUUGGUGGUCAAUGGCGUUUUAUCCCUUCCUGAAGCUGUCAUGAUGAUGAUUCCCGAAGCCUGGCAAAACAACGAGUACAUGGAAGAGGAAAAGAAGGCUUUCUACCAAUGGGCUGCUUCUUUGAUGGAACCUUGGGACGGCCCUGCUUUGUUCACCUUCGCCGAUGGUCGCUACUGUGGUGCCUCUUUGGAUCGCAAUGGUCUUCGUCCUUGCCGUUUCUACAUCACCUCAGAUGAUAUCAUGAUCUGUGCCUCCGAAGUUGGUACUAUCUACAUUGACCCCGAAACUAUCGUACAAAAGGGCCGUCUUCAACCUGGUAAAAUGUUGUUGGUCGAUACCGUCGAGGGCCAUGUGGUCGAUGACAAGGAACUCAAGCUCAAGGUUGCCUCUCGCUUUGAUUUCAAGCAGUGGGUAAAGAACCAAAAGAUUACCCUGAACGAUGUUGUAGCCAAGGCUGCUACCAAGUCCGCUUAUCAAACUGUUUUGGAUGAAACCACCGUCAACCACGAUCCUCGUCUCAAGGCUUUUGGCUAUACCUUGGAACAAUUGAACCUUCUCAUGAUUCCUAUGGCCACUAACGGAAAGGAAGCCCUUGGUUCUAUGGGUAACGACAGUGCUUUGGCUUGUUUGGCUAAGCAACCCCGUUUGAUCUAUGAGUAUUUCCGUCAACUCUUCGCUCAAGUCACCAACCCUCCCAUCGAUCCCAUUCGUGAAGAGAUUGUCAUGUCUCUUGAAUGCUAUGUUGGUCCUGAAGGCAAUAUCUUGGAAAUCGAUGAGAAGCAAGCUCACAAGUUGACUCUUCCAUCCCCCGUUCUUUCUAUGCAAGAAUUGGACGCGGUCAAGAACAUGGAAUCCGAUUAUGCCGGCUGGAAGGUCGCUACCAUUGACAUUACUUUCCCCAAGGAAGAAGGUGUUCAAGGUUAUCUCAAUGCCUUGGAACGUAUCUGCAAGGAAGUCUCUACCAGCAUUGAACACGGUGAUAAGAUUGUUAUUCUGUCUGACCGUGCUACCAGUGCCGAUCGCGUUGCUAUUUCUUCUUUGAUCGCUGUGGGUGGCGUUCACCAUCAUUUGGUUCGUAACAAGCAACGUUCUCGUAUUGCUCUUAUGCUUGAGACUGCUGAAGCUCGCGAAGUUCAUCAUUUCUGUGUCCUUCUUGGUUAUGGUGCUGAUGCUAUCUGCCCUUACCUCGCUUUGGAAGCCAUGCUCAAGUUGCACCGUGAAGGUGCUGUUCGUGAUGAAUUGACCCCUGAGAAGAUCAUCUACAACUUCCGCAAAUCCAUCAACAAUGGUAUUCUCAAGGUCAUGUCCAAGAUGGGUAUCUCCACUUUGGCUUCUUACAAGGGUGCUCAAAUCUUUGAGGCUCUUGGUGUUGAUGACACUGUCAUCGCUCGCUGCUUUGCUGGUACUGCCUCUCGUAUCAAGGGUGUCACUUUUGACAUCUUCGCUUUGGAUGCUUUGACUUUCCAUGAGAAUGGCUAUCCUUCCCGCAAUCCAGUUCAACCCGCUGGACUUCCCGAAUCCGGAGAAUACCAUUGGCGUGAUGGUGGUGAACCUCAUAUUGCUGAACCCAGCGGUAUCGCCAACUUGCAAGAUGCUGUCCGUCAAAAGAACAAGUCUUCUUAUGAAGCUUACUCUCGCAAUGCUCAUGAUGCUAUCAAGAACUGUACUCUUCGUGGUCUUCUUGACUUUGAUUACGACAAGGCCAAGUCCAUCUCUGUGGAUCAAGUCGAACCUUGGACUGAUAUUGUCAAGCGUUUCGUUACCGGUGCCAUGUCUUAUGGUUCCAUUUCCAUGGAAUCUCACUCUGCUCUUGCUGUAGCCAUGAACCGUCUUGGAGGAAAGUCUAACACUGGUGAAGGUGGUGAAAAGCCUGAACGUUCUCAACCCCUUGACAACGGUGACAGCCGUCGCUCUGCUAUCAAGCAAGUUGCCUCUGGUCGCUUCGGUGUCACCAGUUUCUAUCUGUCUGAUUCCGAUGAACUUCAAAUCAAGAUGGCUCAAGGUGCUAAGCCUGGUGAAGGUGGUGAAUUGGAUGGUACCAAGGUUUCCGAUGAAAUCGCCAGUACUCGUAAGACCACUCCCGGUAUCGGUUUGAUUUCCCCUCCUCCCCAUCACGAUAUCUACUCUAUUGAAGAUCUUAAGCAAUUGAUCUAUGAUCUCAAGUGCAGCAACCCUCGCGCUCGUGUCUCUGUCAAGCUUGUCUCCGAAGUUGGUGUCGGUAUUGUUGCUGCUGGUGUCGCCAAGGCUAAGGCUGAUCAUAUCUUGAUUUCUGGUCACGAUGGUGGUACUGGUGCUUCUCGAUGGACCGGUAUCAAAUACGCUGGUCUUCCUUGGGAACUUGGUUUGGCUGAAACUCAUCAAACUCUUGUUCUUAACGAUCUUCGUGGAAGAGUUGUUGUUCAAACUGAUGGUCAGAUCAAGACUGGUCGUGAUGUUGCCAUUGCCUGCUUGCUCGGUGCUGAAGAAUGGGGUUUCGCUACCACUCCUUUGAUUGCUCUUGGUUGUAUUAUGAUGCGCAAGUGCCAUCUUAACACUUGCCCUGUCGGUAUCGCUACUCAAGACGCUGAUCUUCGCAAGAAGUUUGAAGGCUCUCCUGAGCACGUUGUCAACUUCUUCUACUAUGUUGCUGAGGAAUUGAGAGAUAUCAUGGCCAAGCUUGGUUUCCGUUCUAUCAAUGAGAUGGUGGGCCGCACCGAAAUGCUUCGCGUCAACGACUCUUUCCGCAACUACAAGACUGCCAACAUUGAUCUUUCCCCCAUCUUGACCCCUGCUUCCACUUUGAGACCUGGUGUUGCCACUUACAAUGUUCGCAAGCAAAACCAUAACCUCCAUGUCCGUCUUGACAAUUUCUUGAUCGAGGAAGCUCAACCUGCUCUUGAGAACAAGGAGCGUGUCGUCAUUGAAACCGACAUUGUUAACACUGACCGUGCUCUUGGUACUACCCUCUCUUACUAUGUCUCCAAGCGUCAUGGUGAACAUGGUUUGCCUCAUGACACCAUCCACGUCAAGCUCAAGGGCUCUGCUGGACAAUCUCUUGCUGCUUUCUUGGCACCUGGUGUCUUCUUCGAAUUGGAAGGUGAUGCUAACGAUUAUGUUGGUAAGGGUCUUUCUGGUGGUAAGAUCGCCAUCUUCCCUCCCAAGAACUCCUCCUUCAAGUCCGAAGACAACAUCAUUAUUGGUAAUGUCUGCUUGUAUGGUGCCACCAGUGGUCAAGCUUUCUUCCGUGGUAUUGCUGCCGAACGUUUCUGCGUUCGUAACUCUGGUGCUACCGCUGUCUGUGAAGGUGUCGGUGAUCACGGUUGUGAGUACAUGACAGGUGGUCGUGCUAUCAUUCUUGGAAGCACUGGACGCAACUUCGCUGCUGGUAUGUCUGGUGGUAUUGCCUAUGUCUUGGAUCUCAAGGGUAACUUCAAGGACAACGUCAACAUGGAAAUGGUUGAACUUGAAACCAUCAACGAUGUUGCUGAAAUUGCUGAAGUCCGUGGACUCAUUGAAGACCAUCGUCACUACACUGGUUCCGAGAUCGCUGACCGUGUUCUUAAGGACUUCAACAAGUACUUGCCAAAGUUCGUCAAGGUUAUGCCCAUUGAAUACCGUGCUCUUUUGGAAAGACAGCGUCGUGCAAAGCUUGAGGAAUCCGCCCCCAAGAAGGUUGAAGAACCUGUUGCUCCUGCUUCCCAUGAACCCUCUUUGGUCGAUCUUGAAGAUCAAGUCCUCGAUGAGGAACAAACUAAGGAACGUCGUGCUAAGCUCGACAAGGUGCGUGGUUUCAAGAAGUACAAGCGACGUGGUGACAAGUACCGUGAUUCCGAGAAGCGUACCUCUGAUUGGGAUGAAAUCAACAACCGUCUCUCUCCUUCUGAACUUCAUGUUCAAGCUGCUCGUUGCAUGGACUGUGGUGUUCCAUUCUGUCAAUCCGACACUGGUUGUCCCAUUGGUAACAUCAUUCCCAAGUGGAAUGAACUUGUCUACAAGGAUGAAUGGCAAUCUGCUCUUGACCGUCUCAUGAUGACCAACAACUUCCCCGAGUUUACUGGUCGUGUCUGCCCUGCUCCUUGUGAAGGUGCUUGUGUUCUUGGUAUCACUGAAUCUCCCGUCAGCAUCAAGAGCAUUGAAGCUGCUAUUAUUGAUCGUGGUUUCGAUGAAGGCUGGAUCGUUCCUCGCACUGACAUUGUUCGUACUGGAAAGAAGGUCGCUGUUAUUGGUUCUGGCCCUGCUGGUCUCGCUGCUGCUGAUCAAUUGAACAAGGCUGGUCACUCCGUUACCGUCUAUGAUCGCAAUGAUCGCAUUGGUGGUCUUCUCAUGUACGGUAUUCCCAACAUGAAGCUCGACAAGAAGAUUGUUCAACGUCGUAUUGACUUGCUCGCUGCUGAAGGCAUCAAGUUUAUCACCAAUACCAACGUGGGUGUUGAUAUCGAUGCCAAUGAGAUCCGCGCACAAAAUGAUGCGGUCAUCAUUGCUACUGGUGCCACCUGGCCCCGUGACCUCAAGAUCAAGGGUCGUGAAUCCAAUGGUGUUCACUUUGCCAUGGAGUUCUUGCAGGCUAAUACCAAGUCUCUUCUUGAUUCUGAACUCAAGGAUGGUCAAUAUCUCUCUGCUAAGGGCAAGAACGUCAUUGUCAUUGGUGGUGGUGAUACUGGUAACGAUUGUAUCGGUACCUCUGUUCGUCAUGGAUGCAAGUCUGUAGUCAACUUUGAAUUGCUACCUCAACCACCCAACCAGCGUGCCAACGACAACCCCUGGCCACAAUUCCCACGGGUUUUCAAGGUCGAUUAUGGUCACUCUGAAGUUCAAUCUCACUUUGGUCGCGAUCCCCGUGAAUACUGCGUUUUGUCCAAGGAAUUUGUUGUCGAUGCUGAUAACAACGUCAAGGGUAUCAACAUUGUUCGUGUCGAAUGGACAAAGGAUGAGAGUGGACGAUGGAACAUGAAGGAGGUCGCUGGCUCAGAAGAAUUUUUCCCUGCUGAUCUUGUCCUCCUUUCUAUGGGUUUCCUUGGCCCUGAAGAUGCCCUAAUUAAGCAACUUUCUGUCAAGCAAGAUGGCCGAAGCAACAUUGAGACCCCUCGCGGCAAGUAUGCCACCAGCGUUCCCGGUGUGUUUGCUGCCGGUGAUUGCCGUCGUGGACAAUCACUCAUUGUCUGGGGUAUCAAUGAAGGUCGCCAAGCUGCCAGAGAAAUUGAUUCUUGGUUGGAGGGUAACACUUACCUUCCUGUUGCUGGCGGUAUUCGUCAGCGCACAUUUGAGCAACCUGUCAAGGCCAUCGUUCAGCCAGUUGCUGCAUAAAUCAAAACCAAUGCCGGCUGCUCUUGUUCUAAAUUCAUCUUUCUUCACAUAUACAUAUUUCAUACACUGA